GGGGGGGGAGGAGGGGGCAGGAGGUUUGGUUGAGCUGCAGCUGUUUGUCUGUUCUACACAGGCUUGGGCCCGACGGGGGAGACGGAGCCCCAGGAUUGUUGAAGUCUGGAAGUCCCCCCUUCCCCUCCCCCCUUUGCCGCUUUGUGGCACCCCCUCCCUCUGCCCUUUCCUACUUGAUAAGCUGGCUAUGACUAGCAGAAGCACAGCUAGGCCCAAUGGGCAGCCCCAGGCCAGCAAAAUAUGCCAGUUCAAAUUGGUCCUGCUGGGAGAAUCUGCAGUGGGGAAGUCUAGCCUGGUGUUACGUUUUGUCAAAGGGCAGUUCCAUGAGUACCAGGAAAGUACCAUUGGAGCGGCCUUCCUCACCCAGUCUGUGUGUCUAGAUGAUACAACAGUCAAGUUUGAGAUCUGGGACACAGCUGGGCAGGAGCGAUACCACAGCUUAGCCCCCAUGUACUACAGGGGUGCCCAAGCUGCAAUUGUCGUUUAUGAUAUUACUAAUCAGGAAACUUUUGCCCGAGCGAAGACAUGGGUAAAGGAACUACAGAGACAAGCUAGUCCUAGCAUUGUGAUUGCCUUAGCAGGGAACAAAGCUGACCUGGCCAACAAGCGAAUGGUGGAGUAUGAAGAGGCUCAGGCAUAUGCAGAUGACAACAGCUUAUUAUUUAUGGAGACUUCAGCCAAGACAGCUAUGAACGUAAAUGAUCUCUUCCUGGCAAUAGCAAAGAAGUUGCCAAAGAAUGAACCCCAGAAUCUGGGGGGUGCAGCAGGACGAAGCCGGGGUGUGGAUCUCCACGAGCAGUCCCAGCAGAACAAGAGCCAGUGUUGUAGCAACUGAGGGGGUGGCUAACAGCAGACAAGUAUGGAGUUAGCACGAGAGCUAAGAAAUAACCUCCAUCCCUAUCCCUCAGCACACAACCCCUACGGUAACAGCACACUGAGCUCUGGCUCCCAAGGGCUGCCUCCUGGCAGCUCCGUCAUGGCACUUUUUAACGCUUCAGCAACCAACACCAGGCAGCUGUUGCCACUGGCCUCCUAUGCCCUAUUCCUGGGUUUGGGGUCAAAUCCCCCAGGAUUUAACUUCCAAAACAAACUUUCUUCACUUUGUAUUAUAGGUGCAAGACAGUGAUUACUUAUCUUUACUUCUUCCUGUGUUCUUUCUCUUUUUUCAGAAAAGACUUUUGUCUCCUGCCUUUUCUUCUUUUGAUCAAUCCCUGUUCUUGAUCCUGUUUUCCUUUUCCCAGGAUGAUGAAGAUGGUGAAGCCAGGAACUGAGAAGGGAGGUUUCUAGUUUGGUUACAUUAAGGGCCCUGGGGGCAGAGUAAGGCUCAGAGCAGGAGGGAGUAAGGAAACAUUUUCUUUUUUGUUUUGUUUACCUGGUAGAAAUUUCUCAUAUUUGAAACACUGCAGUAUCCAUGAGUUGGACUUGUGGAGGGUGUUCCUUGGUAGAAGUGAGAAUAGGGAAGCAAGCUCUCAGGCACCAUGUGGGAGCUGUAUUAGCUAACUGAAUAGAGGUAGAGGUGCAGAGUCAUUUUUGGCUCUAGAACUCUUCCAAGGCCCAGUUUUCCCUUCCUCAUCCCCUUAGGUAGCUUCUCCCACUACAGUGGGGUUGGACCCGAGAGUCCUCCAAAGAAUCUUCACUGGUUGCCUGUACCUUUGACUCAGCUGUGAUCUCGUUGGAGCAGGUACCAGUUUCUGAUACCAUUCUCUAAUUUAUACAUAGGCAUUCCCCUACCCUGGCCUUGUGAUGGCCUCUACCCCAGACACCAUCCCCCUGCAGUUUGCACUUUAAUUGAUGGUAGUUGAGUCAGGAUACUUGUUUUAUGGGGGUUUUGAUUAUUUGCAUAUCCUACAACCUUCUUUUUAAUUAAAUGGAAUCUGAGAUGUAUGAGGUUUGGGGAGGCACUACAGAAAACAGUAACGGUGGCAGCUACUCAAGCCCCCUUUCCACUGCGAGCUUCCUCUGACUGAUUCAUAACCUCUGUUCUUGCCAGCCUAGCUCUUGAGUAUAGCUUUGUCUUGAGUGACUGGGGAAUGGCUUCAGAAUAGCAUGGGCCAAGGUACUAGAGUAAAGAGAGGUCAGGCAAAAAGGAGGAUCUUUCUAUCUUUUCCCAGGGUUCACAUUCAAUUUGCUGUAUCUUACCAUGUCUUUUCUACUUUCCUGUAAAUAGGUAUAGCCUUCUUCACUGUAUAGUCUAUUCUGUCUCCUGUUUCCUAUUAGGCCCUUUUUCUUUUCUCUUUUGUAUCUUGAGUUUAGUUCUUCCAUCUUCAUCCCCCCAUAUCGUCUCUCUGGUGUUUAAUCCAUGUACCACUAGAGGUUAGUACCACAGAGGCUUACUUGUGUCCCACUCUAAACAUCUGUUCCUAUGGACAGGUGUAGCUAGAACUGAAGGUGCCUCACAGUUGCCCACAGCAUCAGAGGACCUUGGUCCUUCUAAAUGUCUGGCCUCUUCACAUCCCACAAGUGUUUUAGGAUGUCCGUGGGAAACUAUCAGUGCAAGAGAAAACUCAGUUCUUUUGAUUUUAGCCAGAGUUUGGGGAAAUUUUUCAGAAAUAAAAACUGACCACAGUAGCCUAGAAUUAGAACCUUUAUGCCCCUUUGGCUUACAGACUACCUUCUGUCCCAGAGCAGCUGAGAAAUCCAUGAAGCUGAGAUUCUCAAGGACUUGACAAGUUCUUCCACUUAGGCCUCAAUUCUCUUCAUUUUCCAGGGGCAGCCUUAGUACCCAGGGCCCUGAAACAAACAUUUCUAACUUUACUUUCCUAGAACCCAUUAGUCCUCCAAAGCACCCAGGUGCAUCCUUUUUACAAGUGGAAAAUCUAGGGUGGGUGUCUAAGUCUCUUAGAAGUGAAAUUCUUGUCUCUGUACAGUUUUAUUCAAGGAACAGAAGUGAAGAUGUUUGAUUACCUUGGGGCUGGGAAACCAUUUCCCUAGGCUUCUCCCCUUCCUUCCUUUCUUAGGAA